AUGGCGUGGUCCGACGCUUUCCGACGCUACGAGUCGGUCGACGACUACGAAGACGUCUGGGUCCCCCUAAACCAGGCACACAACUACAGCCACUCUGCCAGGAACGGCCGGACGGAGUACGAGGAGAAGGAUCACGUCGUCGACGACGAGAUCGAGGCCCGGCUCAACCAGCACGACGACGAGGACGGCGGCGAGGACAGCCAAGGCAGGAGGAACGGCGACAACGAUGACGUCGAGGCCGGCAAGGAGGGGGCCGACGACGAGGAUGACCUCCAGGAGACGCGCGGCAUGCUCCAGAUGCGGGCCGCCGAGUACAGCGUCGACGGUCUCCGCGCGGAGAUGAGGUUGGCAGGUGACGGAGAGACGCCCGUCACGUUGACGAGUGCCGAGAUCAAGAUCAAGCUCAUGAACAAGGCGAUCCAGGACAUCGGUAUGGGCUCCUACAACUGGCAACUCUUCAUCGUGUGCGGAUUCGGCUGGUUUGCAGACAACUUGUGGCUUCAGGGCGCAUCGUUGACCCUGCCAUCACUGUCGGCCGAGUUUGACAUUUCGGAAAAGUCGGUGCGGUACACGACCAGCGCCCUCUUCGUCGGCCUGUCGCUGGGCAGCUUCGCGUGGGGCAUCGGGUCCGACGUCGUGGGCCGUCGCCUCCCCUUCAACGUGACGCUCCUGAUCGCCAGCGUCUUCGGCAUCUGGUCCGCCUACGCGCGCACCUGGGGGUGGGUCUGCUUCUUCUACGCGGCCCUGGGCUCCGGCGUGGGCGGCAGCCUGCCCGUCGACGGCUCCCUCUUCCUCGAGUUCCUCCCCGGCGCGUCGACGUCGCUCCUGACCCUGCUGUCGGUGUGGUGGCCCAUCGGCCAGCUGGUGUCGUCCCUCGUGGCCUGGUACUUCAUCGCCCAGUGGCCCGUCGACGUCGGCUGGCGCUACUUCAUGGUGACCAUCGGCGUCAUCACCUUCGCCAUGUUCAUCGUCCGCUUCUUCCUCUUCCGCCUGUUCGAGUCGCCCAAGUACCUGCUCAACCAGGGCCGCCAGGACGAGGCCGUCGCCGUCAUCCACGGCAUCGCCUCCCGCAACGGCACCAAGACCUGGCUCACCUCGGACCUCAUGAACGCGGUCGCCGGCGUCGACCGCGACGACCCCCACGGCGGCGGCGGCGGCGGCGGCGGCGCCUCGGACCCGUCCAGCGUCGUGGCCGACAAGCUCGGAAAGCUGGCCGGCGGCGCCAAGGAGCUCUUCCGUACCCGAGACGUCGGCCUCUCCACCGCCCUCAUCUGGUGGGCCUGGGCCACCAUCGGCAUGGGCUACCCCCUCUUCAACGCCUUCCUGCCGCAGUACUUUGCCCGCUACAGCGGCGGCGGCGGCGGCGGCGGCGGCGCCGACGUCCAGUCCGAGACGGCCGCCAUCUCGGGCGAGGCCUACCGCAACUACGCCAUCACGUCCAUCUGCGGCGUCCCCGGGUCCCUGCUGGCCGCCUGGCUCGUCGACCGGGACUCGCGCUUCCUCGGCCGCAAGGGCACCCUCGCCUGCUCCACCCUCGUCUCGGCCGUCUUCCUCUUCGCCUUCGUCGUCUGGGGCCACUCGUCCACCAGCCAGCUCAUCUUCUCCUGCUGCGGCGCCUUCUCCCAGAACAUCAUGUACGGCGUCCUCUACGCCUACACCCCCGAGAUCUUUCCCACCUCCGUGCGCGGCGCCGGCACCGGCAUGGCCAGCUUCCUCAACCGCGUCACCGGCCUGCUCGCCCCCGUCCUCGCCGCAAACGUCCCCGGCGACGCAGCCGCGACGCCGAUCUACAUGUCCGCCAUACUCAUACUCCUCGCAUUCGUCGGCAUCUGCUACAUUCCUAUAGAGACGCGUGGAGCUCAGAUGCUCUAG